GGAGGCCCCGCCCCGCCGCGCCCUCAGGCGGCCAUGGCGGCGGAGCCGCUGCCGGUGGCGGAGCCGCUGCCGGGGGACCCGGCCGAGCCCAACCCCUUCUCCUUCCGCGAGUUCGUCCGCUCCAAGUCCCGCGGCGGGGACACACAGGCGGCUUGGCCCGGGCCCGUCGUGCCCCCGCUGCCCGCAGUGCCCGCAGAGUCGGGGGACGAGCAGGACGAGGACGAAGAGGAGGAGGAGGAAUGGAGCGAGAGCUACCAGCCGCUGGCCGUGGAGCAGGCCCACCUGGGCAGCGCCGGCAGCAGCGCGGCCCCGCUCGGAGCCGCCCCGGGCCCGGCCCGGGCUCCCCCGCGGCAGCCGAGCUACGAGCAGCUAAAAGAAGAGAAUGCUAUUCUGAGAAGCAAGAUCAAUAAGCUUCAGAUUCUGUCUGAAACUCAAGCAGACAAGGUGAGGAAGCUUGAGAAGAAGCUUGAGGAAACCAAAAUCAAAGAAGAAAAGGAAGCACAGGAUUUGGAAGCAAUGGUGCAGCACGUGGAGCAGAAUCUGCAGCUGAUGACUAAACGGGCUGCCAAAGCUGAGAGCAGCGCUGCCAAACUGAGGCAGGAGAAUGCACAGCUCCAGGCGGAGCUGAGGAAUUGCCGGCUGGAGAAGGAGGCGCUGCGGGCGGGCCAGGCGGGACUGGCCGCGGCCAGGCAGAACGCGGAGGUGGCGCUGCAGCACCUGCUGCGGGUCACAACCAGCUCCCGAGCAUCCAUCAGGCAGCUGCUCUCUGGAGCAGAAUCCCUGCAGCUCGUGGCUGAUCUCCUGAAAUCCAUAGACAGAAUCUCUGAGGUGUCAGAGGAUGGACACUGAGGGGCUCACACAGCACGGAGGACUUUGUUUUCAUACGGAAACCAUUACUAAAAACUGAAUUUUUGAUA